GUGGUGAGUCGCCAUCAUUUAUUUAAAACGCAACUCACAAAAAUAACGUAUUGAAGUGACUGUGGGACAAUCCCCCACAGUCAGGCCUCUCACAAUAAAUUUUUACAACUUUGAUUGGUACGACCGUAGGACAAUCCCCCACGGUCGACCCCUUACAAAGAUUUACCUAUUCUAACCUCAGGUAGAUUAAAAUACCGAACGCCCGUGGGCUUAAGGCUAUGACAAGCUUUCGGCCAGUAUGCUAAGGUACAAACUCCGUUACAAAUCCUCAAAAUAUUUUAUGAGGAGUGUUUUAAAUGGGCUAUUUUGACAAAACUUGUGACGGUGGCCGCUAAGUACAAUUAGUGUAAAUUAUACGGCAUACGUGGAUAAGUACAGUUUAACCGGAAUUACUUUUCCUUCACCAUUGACUGAGAUAAGAUUAUUUGAAAAAAAAAAAAAUAAACCUAAUGUGUCUAUUAUUGUUUAUGGUUUGAAAGAAGAAAGAAGAUAAAAGAAGAAUAAAUGUAAUAUAUUUCCAUUAGAAGUUAUCCGAUAAAUUCGAUCUUACGUUUAUAACAAGUGGAAAUAUAAACCAUUAUUCGUUAAAAUAUGGUAAACAACUUAUAAUCACAUUAUCGCUUAUGGUAAUAUACAUGUACCUCGCGGAUAUAUAAGACUGAAGUGUACGAGUAAAUUUCACUCCGCUUCUGACUUUUGUCUCGGAUACUCCUUUAAUCGUACAAAAAAACAGCAAGUGUGAUAUUUUCUCUUCACCGUAUUAUUAUUGCCAGCCGUGUUUUUAUACGAUUAUUAUAUUUUGUGUGAUUAAUUUUUUUGUAAAAUGUUUUACUAUGGUGUGUGUAAUUAAUCUUUUGCCUGUGUCGAUACUUUCGCGGUAUACGAGAGGUCUCAUACCGAUCAACUCUUAUCGUGCGAUAUCUGCACGAAAGUGUUGAAAACUGCUGUGAUUACGAGCCAGGCCGACAAUUCGUCGAACGGUGAUCAAAGUAAGAAUAAUUUAAAAUUAUUUUAAGGGUAAUAUCGUAGUUAUAUUCUAAAACCUUAUUUCUUUCUACGUUUUUAGGAUUAAAACGAAUUAAUUUUGAGAACGGUGCUAAUGUCAUUAUAGUGACAGUCUAUAGACUAUGUUGAAUGUUGUCAACUCUAUCGGCUUUGUAAAGUUAAAAUUUGCAUUUAACCGAAAAAUAGUUUGGUAUUAUAGGAAGAAUACGGAGGGCUUAACUAGUUAUUCUGAUUUUUUGGAACUAAUAAAAUUAGAAUUAAUUCAAAAUCUACGGGAAUGUUCGCUAGAAAAUUCGAUUAAAUUAAAUUUAAAACUCGAGGUGAUCUAUAAUUUGCCUAAUGUAGAAAACUCCUCUCAAAAUAGAGCUUUCAAGACCUUAGCAAAGGAACUUUUUCUUAUCAGUGAUAUCGAGGGUAUGGUGGUUGAUGACUUAACGAAGCUUACCGGAGAAGGGGAACAGUACGCUGGGAAAUGCAGUGGCUAUACAUUGCAGCAGAUUGACGGGCUUCUGUUAGGCGUUUACAUGUAUACCUCUAUGGGCGGUUCUUCCUACAUUGAACUCCCGACCAUCAUACGGGUUGAAAAUGCUGUUACAAACCCGCAAAAUAUCGACGGUAAGUGUUUUAAAUGGGUCAUUUUGGGCCAAACAUGUAACGGGGGCUGCUAAGCAUAGAGUUGAUAUGAAUUACACCUCGCAUGAGGAUAAAUACGAUUUCACAAGACAUACUUUCCCCGCACCACUAUCGGAGAUUCGGAUUUUCGAGAAAAAUAAUUUGAACGUUUUAAUUAAUGUCUACGGGAUGAAAAAAGACGUGGAAAAAAUGAUAUGUGUGUUAUAUUUCCAUUAUGAGUAGCGGAUGUGGAAAAAACCGAUCAUAUGGAUUUACUUUUCGUGACACAAGGGGAUAAAAGUCAAUAUGCCUUUAUUAGGGAUUUAUCACUAUUGGCGAGUGCAUAAAAAAAUGCUCAUGAUGAAAAAGUAUUUUUUUGCAAAAUAUGUUUUACGUCGUUUGACAAACAGCCUAAAAAAAUGAAAUUACGUGACUAGGAGGCUUUAGAUGAGCACAAGAUGGUUUACGGUACACACAAAACUAUUUUGCCAUAGAUGCCGGAAGAUGGAACAUUACUUAAGUAUGAGGGGUGGGGUAAAACAUGCCCCCAUUCAAUCGUGAUAUAUGCCAAUUUCGAGGCACUAUUGGAAAAAUGUUCGGAGGUACAGGGUAAAAAUACCACUAUUACGCACAUACGAGUACAUCGUCCGAUGAGUUAUAGAUAUUACGUGAAAGCUGCCGAUUACGUGACCAUCGAUUUACUCGAAAAACAUGAAAUACCGCGAAAGCCGGUGAUUUAUCAUGGGUCGGAAACACGAGAAGACGUUGCUAAGAGGUUCCUCGAAGAAGUCGUUUCAAUCGGGACUCGUGUAAGAGACCUAUUAAAGAUAAAUGUUGAAAUAAUUAUGAGUGAUGAAGAAGAACGUGUGCAUUCGGCGUGUGUGAAAUGUAAUUUGUGUAGGGAAAACUACCGUUGCUAAUUGCUAGGUGGCCGAUCACUGUCACCUGUCCGGUAUACACCGACAGACAUUAUGUAAUGGGUGCAAUUUAAAAAUGCAAACGCCAAAUGUUGUGCCGUGUUUCCUAUACAAUCUGACUAACUAUAAUGCUCACUUUAUUAUGACCGAAUUAGAGUAUGAUACAAAAACAAUCCUGGUCAUUCUGAAUAAUGAAAAGUUUAUAUCCUUUUCGAAGCAUAUUUCACGAGAUCUACAUAAAAUUUACAACAUUAUAUUAUUACUACAUAAGAUUUACAACAUAAAAAGUGUUUUUUUGUCACGGAGGGCACUGAUAAGAAUGGUUAUGAAUUUGAUCCGUAUAGGGACAACAUUUCUAUGCGGUCCUUCGACCAUAAAAUCUAGACAAUCAAGACUCACAAGUUAUUGUACAAUCGGCAAAACGAUAAGCGUGUGGUUUUAAAUUGUCAAAUUCACACCCUGGCAUAUCCCGAACCUAUGUUGUGAAGAGCAGUAUGAAAAGGAGAGUUCUGGAACCCUCGCGCGCCACCCUGCCACCAUCGUCUGACCGAUCACAUAACCUAUGUAUAUCCCCCCCCCCCAUAUAUGAUACCAUCAUGCUGCUGUGAAAACCUACCAUAAUCUUUCUUGACCACACGCCUUAUCUAAAUCAACUCGACCCCCCCCCCCCCAAUACCAUACCCCCCCCCCAUGCCGUACCUGGAAUGUAUGUCCAUCCACGAUAUCUACGUCUUAUCAAUAUUAUAAUUAUUAUCAGAGUUGUUGAGAACGAAAAAGCGGAACAUUUCGACAUUCUCGUGAUUGAAGGCUCGGAACGGAUGCACUAUACCAACAUUUCUAAUUUUUCACGGCUGGUACGAAGUCAGAAAACCUCUCAUGAAAGUAGGCUUUUUAUAUGCAAGAGAUGUGUCACCUCAUUCGAUGAGCAGGUCAAAAAAAAUAAAUUGUAUGGUAAUGAGGCUCUCCAACAACACACGAAGCUAUGCGAACCGAAUAAACCGAUUUUACCAGUUAUGCCGGAGGAGGGGGAAGUUCUUAGGUUUAACGGGUGAGCCAACAUGUAGCGUCAUCCGUUUGUGAUACACGCUGAUUUUGAAGCUCUGCUCGAAAAACAAGCGGAACGGGGGGAGCGAGUACUGACGGGAUACAUGUACAUCAUCCAAUGAGCUACGGGUACUUUGUCAAGGCGUCGGUAAACGUGUCCGUAGAAUUGUUGGAUAAAUACGAAAUACUGCAGGUGUCUGUCGUAUAUCGUGGGUCGGAUUCGCGUAACGAGGUGGCCAAACACUUUGUCGCCAGUGUGACCGCGCUCGCUGCCAGGUUGGAUGGCCUACUGAAGGCGACUUAAUGUGCCGAUUUCGAUGAGUGUGGAUGAGAUACGUGUGCAUAACGCGAAAAGUGUGUGCGAUAUGUGUAAGUUAGCGUUCACCGAGGCCGUGUGCAAAGUCGCCGACCACUGCCAUCUGUCGGGACGGUUGAGGCAUACGCUCUGCGCGCCGUGCAACCUCAAACUCGUCACACCCAAGUUUGUACCGUGCUUCCUUCACAACCUGUCGAAAUAUGACGCGCACUUUAUCGUAACCGAACUCGGUUACGAUAAGGAGUCGAUAACGGUGAUCCCCAAAACUGAGGAAAACUAUAUCUCGUUCUCUAAACGCGUCACACCCGAUUUUAGCAUGAAGUUCUUGGACUCGUGUCGAUUUAUGACCUCGAGCCUUGCCGAGUUGGCCGGGAACCUCCUUACGAAGCCCGGUGACUUUGAUAAGUUCCGGGAGACUGCCAAAGAGUUCCAGCCCGCCGACCUGCCUCUCGUCACGCGAAAGGGUGUGAUUCCGUACGAGUAUUCCGACAAAUGGUUGAGACUCGAGGAGACCGUCAAGCCACUGAAACGUGAGUUCUACAGCGUGUUGAACGAGAGGUACGUUAGUGAUGAGGACUACGUGCACGCGACUGAGGUGUGGAGCCAUUUCAACUGCGCGACCCUCGGCGACUACAGCGACCUAUACCUAAAGGUGGACGUUAUACUUCUGACCGACGUGAUGGAGAACUUCCGAGACCUCUGCAUGUCCACGUACAACCUCGACCCCGUGUAUUAUUAUACGGCACCGGGGUUUACGUUCGACGCUAUGCUAAGGUAUACGGGCGUUUCACUGGAAUUACUAACGGAUUACGAUAUGGUGUUAUUCGUGGAACAAGGUAUCAGAGGGGGUUUGGUUCAGGAAAGUGAGCGAUACUGUCGGGCCAACAACCCGAAAACGCCGGGGUACGAUGCCACGAAGCCUCCGUCAUGGCUCGUCUAUCAGGACUGUAAAUAUACACCAUUUAUUCAAUUACUUAUAUUACUAACUUUGAAUCGUUACAGGUAACAACUUGUACGGGUA